AUGGCAGCUGCAGAUUCUAAUUAUUGCUUCAUUUCUAUCGAUGUUGGAUCUUUUGGAAAAGAAGCUGAUAGUAAUGUAUUUAGAAGUUCAAAUUUCGGACAGAAACUUUACCAUGACAUGUUAGACCUACCCGAGGAUAAAAUACUCCCCGGUCUGGGUGCGGCGCAGCUGGCUUUAGCAACCAGUAUGGAGCAAUUCGAGUUCGCAUGUAUCGGGGCCUCCAUGACGGAGGACGAGCGCGUCAUCAGCCAUUCACUGCAGCACUUCGCGCACCUCAUUCGCACCAUCGAGGAUGAACGGGAUCGCAUGCUGGGGCGCGCCCACGAGCAAAUUAUUCAGCCGCUGGAGAAGUUCCGCAAGGAGCACAUCGGCGCCGUCAAGGAAGGAAAGAAGAAGUUUGACAAAAAGACUGCCAAAUUUUGCCAGAGCCAGGAGCGCACUCUGUCGCUGUCGACCAAGAAACAGGAAAACGUAUUCCAAGAGGCCGACGCGGCGCUGGAGAUGGCGGAGCGGGACUUCUGCCAGGCGUCGCUCGAGUACGUGUUCCAGCUGCAGGCCGUGCAGGAGCGCGAGAAGUUCGAGCUGGUCGAGACGCUGCUCGGCUUCGUGUUCGGCUGGUGGACCUUUCACCACACGGCGCACGACGUGCACCACGACGCCGAGCCCCUCGUGCGCGACCUGCAGCUGCGCAUCCAACGGACGCGGAGCAACUUCGAGGAGACGAGCAAGCAGACCGAGUCGCUGAUGAAGAAGAUGAUGGAGAUGAGGCAGACGCACCGGGAGGACGCGCCGGAGGACGGAGGACGGCGCGGCUACCUCUUCCUCAUGGAGAAGAAGGCGUUCGGCACCACGUGGAGCAAGCACUACUGCGGCUACGAGCGCGCCUCGCGGGUUCUCUCGCUAAUGCCGUACAACCAGAUCAACCCCAAGUCCUGCGGCGCCGCAGACGCCGUGGCCGUGGCGGGAGCGCGCGCCGCCGACGUCGCCCUCGAGCGCCGAUUCUGCUGGGACGCCGUACCCGCCGACGGCGACAGGGCCCCGCUCACCCUGCAGGCGCUCGGCGACCGCGACCGCGCCCGCUGGAUGCGCGCGCUGGACACGCUGCCGCCCGCCGCGCCGCCCGCCCGCCCGCCGCUCUCGACGCUCGAGCCCGCCUGGGGGCUCGACGACGCCGGCUUCGCCUUCGCGCGCCGCCUCAUCGCCGCCCUCGAGGCGCGCGGGCUCGACGAGCAGGGCCUGUACCGCGUCGCCGGCGUCGCCUCGAAGGUGGCCCGCCUCGUGGCGCUCGGCCGGGCCGGCCGGCUGCCCGUCGCGCUGGCGCCGCUCGAGUGGGAGAGCCGCACGCUCACGUCGGCCCUCAAGGCCUACCUCCGGGCGCUGCCCGAGCCGCUGCUCACGUGGCGCCUGCACGGCCGCUGGCUGGCCGCGGCCAAGUGCGAGUCGCGCGCCGAGCGGGCGCGUUCGCUGGCGACGCUCGUGCGCGCGCUGCCGCCGCCCAACCGCGAGAUGCUGCGGCUGCUGCUGUCGCACCUGCGGCGCGUGGCGGCCCGCAGCGCGCUCAACCUGAUGGGCGCCUGCAACCUCGCCGUGUGCUUCGGCCCCACCCUGCUGCGAGCCGAGCGCGAGACGGUCGCCUCCAUCCUGGAGCUUAAGUUCUACAACGUGCUCGUGGAGGCGCUCAUCGAAGACGCGCCCGAUCUGCCCGACUCGCCCGACCCGUCGGAGUCGCCCCGCUCGCCCGAUUCGCCCGCCCGCAACGGUGCGGCGCCCGACACGUGA